CGUGUAUUGUGAGCUGAUGGUGUGUUCUUUAGUUGUACUUUUAACCUACUGUUGAUUCUGUUGGAUAAUUACACUUAUUCGUCUUUUUUAAUCGUCAUUUGUGAGUUAAGUAUGAGAAAGAUAUUUUCAGAUUUUAACCCUAGCGUUCGUUGUCUAAGGUUUUCUAUCGUUUUAACGAAGAUUCAUUUUCACAUGUCAGUCAUUUUUGUCGUUAGUCUGUAAUUGACCAAAAUGAGAUAAUAUUUUCUCUAACUGAUGAUCUGAUGUAUUUCUUUACGCAUUGUUUUUUUCUCUUUUAGCUUUUUAUUCGUUAAGGAAUACAUUUGCGCUUUUCCCGCUAGUCCGAUGUGAUGAAUUUACUAAACUUGUUCGUGUGAUCGAUAUACCUUUUUUAGCUUCGGUCAAAUGUUUCUCCUAUCGCGUUGCAUCUGUAGAAGAACGUUUACCAGGUAUUUAA